GGAGUGGGAGCAGGGCGGCCAGUCCAGUGCUGCGCCGCCAUAGGCUCCGGGGAGGUAUGGCGUCUGCACCCCACGUUGGGCGCGAUACACGCGAUUGGCUGACGCUGGCUAGCUCCCCCCUCCCAACCGCCCCGGCCUCCGUCGCCCGCCUGCUCGGUGCUGGCGUCCCCCUCCUGCGCCGAGCUGGGCGGGGCCCGCGUGGGGCUGGGCGGGGUUCGCGCUGGUUAGCUCCGGAGUGUGAAACCGCGUGUUAAUGUAACCGGCGCGAGAUACGCGGGCGGCGGCGGCGGCGGCGGCUGCAGGAGCAGCGGCGGCGUCGGCGGGUUCCUUGUGCCCCGCGUCCCCGAGGCAGCUGGCUGCACCCCCCCUUGUACCCCCCCCCACACCUAUUCCAGGCCGGGCGGGACCCGCGCCACCAGCCCGGACCUCAGCCGGUCGGCGGUAACUUAACCCCCGCCGGCUGCCCGCGUCGCGACUACUCCAGACUCGCCCGCGGAGUUUGCCGGCCGGGAGGGAGGCCGAGCCGCAGAGCUCACUCCUGCUCUCCUCGCCACCAUCUCUAGAUGUCGUAGCCCGGGUCGUAAGAGAACUUUGCAGCGGGCUGGAGCGCCUUUUACGUGGAGGCAGACGAAGGGAAGGAAAGAAGACCGAGGAAGGGGCUCGGAGGAAAGGUCCGAAGCGGCCGGGCCGGUCGUGCGGGGAGAGUGCUCAUCGGGCGCCGCGUCCGGAUGCGCCCCAGCCUCCAGGAGCCGCGGGCGGCCGGGGGACUACCUUCCGUGGAGUAGCCCCCAUCGGGCCUGGAACAUUUGUGCUACCGGAAAGAACAUCGAGUGCCGGUCGCGCGGGGUGUGCCGAGCAGCCUCCCGGCGCGUCCUCCGCACUUUCCCCGCCUCGGCGUCAUCCAGCGCUCCUCUGCCGGGACUGAGCCUCCACCGCGGCCCCUACCUCGCUUCCCUCAAGUCUCUCGGGGCCUGCGACCGCCCGCCCGAAGGCGCUGCCUGGACCCGCGGGGGUCGGCUCCGAACGUCACCGGGUUUGUUUGUGUGGGGUUAGCCGGGGGCGCCGAACCACCUGCACCUCGUCCGCCGCCGGCGCCACGGGGAAACCCGGGAGAAGAGACGCCCCGGGAGAAGAGCAAAGGAAAGCAACCCGCCUGGAUUUGUUUGCCCGGGACGUUUGCCGCGCACGCGGAUAGCCUCCGGGAGCGGGCCGGAGCCGCCGCGCCCCCACCUCCCCGCCCGGGCGGUCGAGGCCCGCGGGUUGGAAAACAGUGCGUCGCCGCGGAGGUUCUGGGUGCAGCCGGGCCCGGGGUGCCCCGCGAUGUGGCCCUGAACGUGGGAGCCCGCACCGGCGGGAGCAGGAGCCGCGGGGUGCCGAGUGGCCGGUGCGCCCCUCCGAGCGCGCCUUCGUGCGUGGCCCGCGGGCCCCCGGCGCGUCCCGCUUCUGCCUGCUUCCCAGCUUAAUUGUCCUCGGCGGGAUUAAAGUUGGAAAUUGAGCGGAGAAUUGAGUUGCCCGGGAACAGGGCCGCGGCCACCGCCAGAGCGAUGUUCCCGCAGAGCCGGCACCCGACGCCGCACCAGGCUGCAGGCCAGCCCUUCAAGUUCACUAUUCCAGAGUCCCUGGACCGCAUUAAAGAGGAAUUCCAGUUUCUGCAGGCUCAGUAUCACAGUAUUAUGAAAUGUCAUAUGGAUUAAACAUAGAAAUGCACAAACAGACUGAAAUCGCCAAGAGAUUGAAUACGAUUUGUGCACAAGUCAUCCCAUUUCUGUCUCAGGAACAGCAGCAGUUACAAGCUCAGCAUCUUUCUCAUGGCCACGGACCCCCAGUCCCCCUAACGCCUCACCCUUCGGGACUUCCGCCGCCUGGGAUCCCGCCCCUGGGCGGCAGUGCCGGCCUUCUGGCGCUGUCUAGUGCUCUGAGUGGGCAGUCUCACUUGGCAAUAAAAGAUGACAAGAAGCACCAUGAUGCAGACCACCACAGAGACAGAGAACCUGGCACAAGUAAUUCCCUCUUGGUCCCAGACAGUCUACGAGGCACUGAUAAACGCAGAAAUGGGCCUGAAUUUUCCAACGACAUCAAAAAAAGAAAGGUGGAUGAUAAGGAUUCCAGCCACUAUGACAGUGAUGGUGACAAAAGCGAUGACAAUUUAGUUGUAGAUGUGUCUAAUGAGGACCCUUCUUCUCCGAGAGCAAGCCCCGCCCACUCACCCCGAGAAAAUGGGAUCGACAAAAACCGCCUGCUAAAGAAAGAUGCUUCCAGCAGCCCAGCAUCCACCGCCUCUUCAGGAAGUUCUACUUCUUUGAAAUCCAAAGAAAUGAGCUUGCAUGAAAAAGCCAGCACGCCUGUUCUGAAAUCCAGCACACCGACGCCUCGGAGUGACAUGCCCACACCGGGCACCAGUGCCACUCCAGGCCUCCGUUCCGGCCUCGGCAAGCCUCCAGCCAUGGACCCCCUCGUUAACCAGGCGGCGGCUGGCCUGAGGACGCCCUUGGCAGUGCCCGGCCCGUACCCCGCCCCAUUUGGAAUGGUGCCCCACGCGGGCAUGAACGGCGAGCUGACCAGCCCCGGUGCCGCCUACGCCAGCCUCCACAACAUGUCCCCGCAGAUGAGCGCAGCGGCUGCUGCUGCCGCUGUGGUGGCCUACGGGCGCUCCCCCAUGGUUGGGUUUGAUCCUCCCCCUCACAUGCGAGUACCUACGAUCCCUCCCAACCUGGCAGGAAUCCCUGGGGGGAAACCUGCCUACUCUUUCCAUGUGACGGCAGACGGGCAGAUGCAGCCUGUCCCUUUCCCCCCCGACGCCCUCAUCGGACCCGGCAUCCCCCGACACGCUCGCCAGAUCAACACCCUGAACCACGGGGAGGUGGUGUGCGCAGUGACCAUCAGCAACCCGACGAGACACGUGUACACGGGUGGGAAGGGCUGCGUCAAGGUCUGGGACAUCAGCCACCCCGGCAAUAAGAGCCCUGUCUCUCAGCUUGACUGUCUGAACAGAGAUAACUACAUCCGUUCCUGCAAAUUGCUCCCCGAUGGCUGCACUCUGAUAGUGGGAGGGGAGGCCAGCACUCUGUCCAUCUGGGACCUGGCCGCCCCGACCCCUCGCAUCAAGGCGGAGCUGACGUCCUCGGCCCCUGCCUGCUACGCCCUGGCCAUCAGCCCCGACUCCAAGGUCUGCUUCUCCUGCUGCAGCGACGGCAACAUCGCCGUGUGGGACCUGCACAACCAAACGCUGGUGAGGCAAUUCCAGGGCCACACAGACGGGGCCAGCUGUAUUGACAUUUCUAAUGAUGGCACCAAGCUCUGGACGGGCGGCCUGGACAACACGGUCAGAUCCUGGGACCUGCGUGAAGGGCGGCAGCUGCAGCAGCACGACUUCACCUCACAGAUUUUCUCCCUGGGGUACUGCCCCACCGGGGAGUGGCUGGCCGUGGGCAUGGAGAGCAGCAACGUGGAGGUCCUCCACGUGAACAAGCCCGACAAGUACCAGCUGCACCUCCAUGAGAGCUGCGUGCUGUCCCUGAAGUUUGCUUAUUGUGGUAAGUGGUUUGUGAGUACUGGGAAAGAUAACCUCCUCAACGCUUGGCGGACCCCCUACGGAGCUAGUAUAUUCCAGUCCAAAGAGUCCUCAUCUGUGCUCAGCUGCGACAUCUCUGUGGAUGACAAGUACAUAGUCACUGGCUCAGGGGACAAGAAGGCUACAGUCUAUGAAGUCAUCUACUGAAAACAUUAUGUGGUUUAAUGUUUAUAGUUGAAUUGGGCCAAAAUGUUUUGAAUUUGUAGAAAUAGAAGAGUUGUAACUAUAAAAACAAGAAAACCUGUUUUUAAACCUUGACACAAAAUGACUUUGAGUCUACAAAGAAGAGGUGACGCGUCCAUCAACUGAAGGUCAUCUAUCUGCCUAGACCAAAUGGAGCACCGAGGCCAGGUGGACAGAGGGGCCAGGGCUGCGGGCUUGAGGGACAGAGCCUGUGGCCCAGGCAGAGCCGGUCCUUUUCUUUCUGUGUGACCUGCACAGAUUACCUUUCUGUUCCUUGGGGUUCCCCUCACGUGCCGUCCUUGGUAGCGCAGUGGUGUCUCCAAUGAACUUGUUUCCUGGUUUUGCAUCUUGUGAAAUGUUUUUUUGUAUUUUUGUUGAAGGUUAAACAUUUGUAUAAAUUGUAAAUAUAUUUGGUUUAUUACAGUAAAGGCUUUAGUACCAAUAA